UCGCUGGCAGUAGCCAGUAGGCACCAAAGAGGUUAUUUUAUCAACUCACGCUUCCUGUAGGCUGUAGAUAAACCUCUGCAAGUCUCAGGGUUUAAGACCCGUAUUUCACUCGGGUCUGCUCAAAAGCUGAAGCCAUUUCAUCAAGAAUUGAAAGGGAAAUAUUUGUCUGCUGAAGAAAUUGUGUGGGUGAAUCUCUGUUUUUUCUCGUGCUAGCUAGGCAGAUCAAACUGCAAGAGAUGGCAAGUUUUGUGAUAAAUCCAACUUUGAGUAGCUUCAAUACCCUUAACUGCCGCAACCCAAAUCAUAAAUCCUCUAGAAGAUCCCUAGGUGUUCGGGCAAUGAGGAUAGAGAAACCAAUGGAAGAGUUGUACAAUAUCAGUGUCGAGAGGAAUGUGUCAAAAGAAAGAUUGCAGGAGCUUGGUGUUUCACGAUGGUCAAUGUGGAAGACGGGCGAAUGCAAGCUUCCUUGGGACUGGCAUGUGGAUCAGUUGGUCUAUAUCGAAGAAGGAGAGGUAAAAGUGGUGCCAGAUGGGAGUGAACGCCAUAUGCGUUUUGUUGCUGGUGACUUGGUUCGCUAUCCCAAAUGGUUCGAGGCUGAUCUCUACUUCGACGGCUUCUACCAAGAACGCUAUAGCUUUCGAGCAUAUGGCGAUGACUAGUGAACGCCAUAUGCGUUUUGUCUUAUUUAUUCUCAUGUAAGACUUUAUAUUACUGUUAAUGUUACUCUUAGGUGCUAGAUAUUGUCUCUCCAAAUAUGAUUUGGAACUUGGGAAUCUUGUGCAUUCAGUUGUGAACUUUUACUUACCAUCUUGUGCAGCAGAGCUUUUGUUAAGAAUGGGCUUGGAUGUAAAAAACUGGCAUAAUUAGAAUAGUUCUGUGGAUCGAAA